GUUGCGCUAGUGUUAGUGUGGUUAUGCGGUGCUUUGGUGCUUCGCUGCUUCACUGUGUUUUUCUGUGUGUGGAGCGCCAAAGCAAAGGCAAACGCUGCUCGCCGCCGCCGCCGUCGCCGUCGCCGACAGCUUCGGAUUUUGGCCUGAGUUUCAGUCAUCGGUCUGCUGUCUGUGUGUUUCUGUGUCGGUUUCUGUUUCAGUUUCAGUUCGUUCGUGACCGUGUUCGCUCUAGCUCUAGCUCUCCGAACGAGCAGUUGCCGCCUUCCAAUUUGAAAAUAGACAAAAAACCUCUCAGGAGAUCGAAGUACACGUAAUUUUUGUUAUUGUUUUCCAAACUGUUGCUGUUGCUCUUGCACGUGUCAAGUGCCAACAACAAUUACAAUUAUUUACAUUACAUCUCAAACAAAACAAUUCGAAGAAGCAUAUAUUUUGGUUGAAAAAUGGGCUGCGCAACGGGCACCAUUAAGUACUCACUGUUCCUCUUCAAUGCAUUAUGGGCGAUACUUGGCAUAGUGGUUAUAGUAUUUGGCGGCCUUGGCGUUGGGGCAAUGCCUCAGUAUUAUGCCAUAGGCAUCAUGGUACUGGGCGGCGUUAUACUGCUAAUUUCACUAUUUGGCUGCUGUGGCGCUAUUCGUGAAUCUUGCCGCAUGUUGUGGACGUAUGUGACGCUGUUACUGAUCCUGCUUGUGCUGAUAAUCGCGUUCAUCGUCCUCAAUCCCCGCGACACGUUCAAGAAGUAUGCGAUCCAGCUGGUGGAGCAGCAAUGGCAACAAGAGCUAACCAAGCCAGGCAGCAUGGAUUUUAUUCAGAAGACCAACUCUUGCUGUGGACGCAAUGGACCCGAGGACUACAAAACCAUUGGUCAUGUGACUGACAUUGUGCCCUCGAGCUGUUGCAAGGGCAACAAUUGCAUGAAUCCAUCGUAUGUGUAUACCGAAGGCUGCCUCAGCCGGGUGGAGAAGGUCUUUGCUGAUGAGGCCAUAACAUGGCAAUACUGCGAAUGGGGCCUGCUGGGAUUCGAUGUGAUAAUACUGACACUAGCCAUCAUACUAGCCAUACAUUAUUCGAAUCGCAGACGCCGCUAUAACUAUUAAUGCUAACUUUUAGUCAAUUCUGUAUUUGUACCUCAACUUAAAAUGUCACCAAUGUACCUAUGCCACUUUUGGGCUGAGCACAAAGCCAUGUGUUCCCUUGCCAAGCAAAAA